AUGGAGGCAACUGCAGAAGCACUUCCAGACAGACCCUCUGAAGAUAAAGGAAAAAAGAGCCCUCAUGUGAAUGUGACAAUGGAAGCUAAGCCUCUUAGGAUUGUUCCCUCUUCACACAACACUUCUGGUGGGCCCCAGAAGAAGAUUGACAUUGGACACGCGACGGAAGGUGGUCUUGGUGUUGGUGAGGGAAAGAGGGUUGUUAUGCUCAUGGAAGAGAAAGAAAAAGAGAAAGAAAACUCUUCCAACAGAGUUAAACUUCAUCUGGGGGUUGAUGCUUCUCAUUCUGCAACACCAGAAACAAACCAUGUGAUCACUGAAGCUCAAAGGCGUGAGCUUCACCACCAAGUUUUCAUCUUCAAUCACUUGGCUUAUAAACUUCCUCCUCCUCAUCACCUCAUGCAAUUCCCAAGCAACAUGUCAGAAUACAGUUUCCUGGGUUUUGAUCACGGGAGUGUGGUGGAUCCAGAACCUCAUAGGUGUAGAAGAACUGAUGGAAAGAAAUGGAGAUGCAGUAAGAGUGUAGUGCCUGAUCAAAAGUACUGUGAAAGGCACAUGCAUAGAGGUCGAAAUCGUUCAAGAAAGCCUGUGGAAGCAUCUCAAGUUAACUCACCUUUGGCAACAAAACCUUCUACCAAGUCACCUACCAAAUCAACCUCAAAAACAGUAUUUGAAAUUUCAAAUCCAAACCUUACGGCCAUUCAACCUAGUGACAUACCUUCCACUACCCCAUCAAGGAGCCUCAGCAUUGACAAUUGCUCUUCCAUGAAUAGGUCGAAAAAUUUGGUGAGUGCUGCUGACUACCUCACGGGGUUUUCUUCCACCUCUGCCGUGUCCCCUGGCUCCACUCCUGCCACUGCAGUCAACCCUAAGGUGGCUGCAACAAUCAGCAGUGUGAACUCGGGUAACAAAAGUUGCCUAAAGAUAUGCCAGAAAGAUAACCAGUCCAAGAGCUGUAUCGGUAACAACAGAGGUAAUAGAAGUGAUGGGAAAGGAAGCAUUGUUGGUGAUUCUAAUGGCAUCUCUACUGGAAUAGGCUUCUCCCCAACGAGUGUUCUUCAAGUUUUUGGUAGCAACCCGUCUUACCUCAAUGAUAAAACCAACAUAGAACCUGCACCCGGUAGGUGCAGGAGAACAGACGGCAAGAAGUGGCAGUGCAAGAGUGCCGUUCUUCCUGGUCAGAAGUACUGCGCCACACACAUGCAUAGAGGUGCUAAAAAGCGUUUUACAAACCAUGAAACAGCAGCUACUACCACUACUGCUGCUUGUUCUUCCGCUACCAUUGCUCGGUUGCCUCACUCUCCAGCUACAACCAACAUGCAGAAAGCGCAUUCUGCAAUUCCAAGUACAAAUCUUUCCAUGUCAGUUCCAGCAAGUGCUCCUUUCAUACAAUGCAAUGAGAAAAGCACCAGUAGCGGUGACACCGAUACCACCAUCAGUGACACCUUGCAAGAGUGUAGCUAUACUUCUUUCUGA